AUAUUACGUCAUCACGUAAAUUACGUUUUUUUUUUUUACGCCCCGCCUCCCUCACAGUCAUUGUUCACGUAGUUUGUGUGCUAGCUCGAUACUAGCGCGAUGGAAAGAUAUUAAAUGUGUUAUACGCUUGUUUAAACUAGUUGGAAUUUCCGCCGGACUUUUAGCAAUUCGACGACUCAGCCAUGAGCAAGAGAAAAGCCCCACAGGAGUCGCUCAACGAGGGAAUAACAGAUUUUCUUGUGGAGCUGGCCAACUAUGAAAAGAACGUCAACAGGGCAAUUCACAAGUACAACGCUUAUAGGAAGGCAGCGUCUACAAUCGCCAAGUACCCUCAAAAGAUUAAAAAUGGGGAAGAAGCCAAGAAACUGGAUGGGGUUGGAGCGAAAAUAGCUGAAAAAAUCGACGAGUAUCUUCAGACAGGAACCCUGCGUAAACUGGAAAAAAUUCGAAAUGAUGACACCAGCUCUUCGAUCAAUUUUCUCACAAGAGUAACCGGAAUUGGCCCGGCUGCUGCCAGGAAGUUCUUCGAAGAAGGCGUGAAGAGUCUAGAAGAUUUGAAAAAGAUUGAACACAAGCUUAACCAUCAUCAACAGAUUGGGCUCAAGUAUUUCGAGGACUUUGAGAAAAGGAUUCCACGAGCUGAGAUGGAAAAGAUGGAGACACUUAUCCUCGGGGAGUUGACAAAGAUUGACACCGAAUACAUUGGAACGAUCUGUGGAAGUUAUAGAAGAGGUGCUGCAUCGAGUGGUGAUAUUGAUAUUUUGCUGACCCACCCAGACUUCACCUCUCAGACAGAGAAGCAACCGAAGCUCCUCCACGCCGUGGUGGAGCACUUGGAGGCGAUCGGCUUUGUUACUGACACGCUUUCCAAAGGGGACUCCAAGUUCAUGGGAGUCUGUCAGCUGCAACAAGCAGAGGAAGACGAGGACGAAUACCUUCACAGGCGCAUUGAUAUCAGGUUAAUCCCAAAGGACCAGUACUACUGCGGCGUUCUUUAUUUCACCGGAAGUGAUAUCUUCAACAAAAACAUGAGGACUCACGCUUUGGAGAAGGGCUUCACGCUCAACGAGUACACCAUACGACCGCUUGGGGUCACCGGUGUGGCAGGGGAGCCUCUGUUGGUGGAUAGCGAAAAGGACGUCUUUGAUUACAUCCAGUACAAGUACAAGGAGCCCAAAGAUCGCAGUGAAUAAAGACAAAGACAACUUUUAAGUCUUGACAAUGACAUUUAGUGACACAUCAGCAUGCAAAGGUGAAAAUUAUGCAGGGGAUAUUUUCUUUUUUGUUUCAUUUUUGUGCACUAUCAAUGCACAGUGCAUGUAUUUUAUUUUUUUUUUUUUUUUAUGUUGUCAUCAAGGAUGACCGAAAGGUCUGCAUGAACACAUGCAAAGAUGCUUUAAAUUUGUUUGAUUAAACACGCCAAGACGUCAUUACGGUACUUGAACCGACAAGUCACCGAUCUCGA